GUAACACACACUAUGAGCAACCUAAAAACAAUGACAAAGAGGAUUAGAUGAGUGGACAACUUCUUACGUUAGGGUUUCGCUUUGUGUUGUGUUGUGUCUGACUCUUCUCUUCUACAACACGCAUCUCUCUCUUUCUCUCAAACCUUCUAUACGCUGCCGUUUCGAUCCCUAAUUUCACUCUACGCUCUUAACCCUAAAUUCAAGAAUCGUUCUUGUUUUUCUUUUUCUAUCAAACCUUGUGGGAGAAAGCCUCGAUAAUGGAUGAAGCUGGUGAGAGCGGAGAUCCUAUGGAUCAGUUCCACCGUAACGAGGCUAUAUCAGCGGUGGCUGACGAUGGUUUUUUAGCGGAGGAGGAUGAUGAUUACGAGGAUCUUUACAACGAUGUUAAUGUUGGUGAGGGUUUUCUUCAAUCGUUGCGGAAGAACGAUGAUUCGGGUGUUAGAAAUGAUGGUGGUGAGGAGAAGAAGGUUCAAUCGGGUUCUGUUGUAAAGGAUCCGAGUGGGGUUGCGGUGGCUGGUGUCGGUGGUGGUGAUGGGAGUUUGGGGGCUGUUGCUGGUGGGGAUGAAUCUAGGGUUUCUGGGAGAGUUGAUGGGUUUCAGAAUCAAGGGUUUAGAGGGGGGAAUUCUGGAGUUGGAUCGGGUUCGGGGAUUGGUGGUGGCGGCGGUGGUGGUGGGAUGAGGGUUGAAUUAGGUCAAGCAUCUGGGAAAUUGAGUGAAAUUGAAGAGCAGAGAGGUAUUGAUGGUGUUGGAGGGCAGGGAGUUGUGCAGUUGCAACAGCAACAACAACAACAACAACAUGGUGGUGUUGUUGGAAAUGAUGGUUUGGUGAGACAAGUUCAAGGUGUGGGUGUUGGUGGUGUUGUUGGAGGGGUUAAUCUAAAUAGGGUUGGAGGAAAUGGAGCUGGGAAUAAUGUGAUUGCUAUUAAUAGUGUUAACACUGGAGGAGGAGGUGAAGGUGGUGGUAUUGUUGGUGGCGGAGGAGGUGGAGGAAGUACUGUGUUAUUUGUGGGUGAUUUGCAUUGGUGGACUACUGAUGCUGAGCUGGAAGCUGAGCUUUGCAAGUAUGGACAAGUUAAGGAGGUGAGGUUUUUUGAUGAGAAAGCUAGUGGAAAAUCCAAAGGGUAUUGUCAGGUUGAGUUUUAUGAGGCAUAUGCAGCCACUGCUUGUAAGGAAGGGAUGAAUGGUUUUUUGUUUAACGGGAGGCCUUGUGUCGUUGCAUUUGCUUCGCCUUUUACUGUUAAGAAAAUGGGAGAGGCUCAGAAUAAUAGGAAUCAACAGGUGAACCAAGCUGCCGGAGGAGGGGUUAAUCCGGGAAGGAGGGGGCCUGCUGAUGUGGGGGCUAAACCUGGUGGUAGCAAUAUUGCGACGGGUGGUAACUAUCAAGGUGGAGAUGGGAAUAAUAAUAAUAAUAGAGGUUAUGGAAGAGGUAAUUGGGGGAGAGGGAACAAUCCUGGGAUGGGGAAUAGAGGGCCUGUUAAUCCGAUGAGGAACAGAGGUGGUGGAAUGGGUGGCAGAGGUAUUAUGGGUAAUGGUGGAAAUGGAUUCGGACAGGGUAUUGGUGGUGCCCCGCCAAUGAUGCAUCCUCAGUCAAUGAUGAAUCAGGGUUUUGAUCCUGCAUUUGGGGGUCCCAUGGGUAGAAUGGGAGCCUUUGGAGGCUAUCCUGGUGGCCCGGCACCUCCAUUCUCGGGGAUGAUGCCUUCAUUUCCUGGUGUUGGAGGUGUUGGUCUGCCUGGAGUAGCACCUCAUGUUAAUCCUGCCUUUUUUGGAAGAGGGAUGCCUGUGAAUGGAAUGGGAAUGAUGCCUUCGUCGGGUAUGGAUGGUCCCAAUAUGGGAAUGUGGCCGGAUCCAAAUAUGGGCGGAUGGGGUGGUGAGGAACCUGGUGGUGGCAGGGCUGGAGAAUCAAGUUAUGGGGAGGAAGCUGCAUCAGAGCAUCAGUAUGGUGGUGAAGUGAGUCAUGAUAGACCUGGGUGGCAGAAUACUACGAGGGAAAAAGAUAGAGGAUCCGAAAGGGACUGGUCUGGUUCUUCUGAGCGAAGGUACAGGGAUGAUAGAGAUCAAGGAUAUGAGAGAGAUGCACCUAGAGAAAAAGAAGUGGGACAUGAUCCUGAAUGGCCAGAAAGAAAGCAUCGUGAGGAUAGAGAAGUGGUGGUUAGAGAACGAUCCCGUGACCGUGACAGGGAAAAGUCUCGGGAUCGUGACCGUGAGCGCGAAAGGGGGGAUCGAGAUCGUGAGCGGGACAGAUACAGGGAAGAUAGGGACAGAUAUGCAGAUCAUCACAGGUACAGAGACCGUGAACCAGAGCACGAGGAUGAGUGGGAAAGAGGGCGGUCGUCUAGGACUCACAGUAAAUCAAGAUUGUCACAGGAUGAGGAACACCAUUCUAGGUCAAAAGAUGCUGAUUAUGGGAAGAGGAGGCGACUGACCUCCGAGUAAUACUUUCCCUCGUUGAAGGGAAAUAUUAGGUACUGGAAAAUCAGGAUUUGUCAUGGUUGUUUGGAUUUACUUGGUGCUCCUUUCACCCAGAAGUUGUUGAGUAGCUGUUUUAUUUCAUUCACUUGUUCCAGUUGCAUCUUGUCAGGAGUGUUGUUUUGCUCUCUUGUGAAAGUGGGACAAUUGUUUGAGAAAGGAAACUGUUCAUUCAAACACCUGGGUUGCUUUGAGGAUCAAGUGCCAUCAAUAUUGGAGAGCCAAGUCAUGACAAAAUCCUUUUCUUACAUUGAGAAGUGGAACUUUUGAUUUGAAUUUAUGUUUUUAUUAGCUCUUGAUUAAAACCAUUGUGUUGAUGUAAUGGGCUUAACUUGUUGAGAAGUCUGAAAUGUUGCAGACUAUUUAGAACUUAUAUUGUUUGAAAUAUGAUGUACUAGGAUUUAGCAGAUUAUGCGCCGUUUUUUUAUUGGCUCUGUUGUUGUAUCA